AUGGCCGCGGCCGGCCAAAUAGACCUCGUCGACCCCCUCCGCGACGGGGAGUCCGGGGCGAACUUCAAGGUGGUCAUUCGCGUCCGGCCACCACUGGAGCGCGAGUUGAACAACUACAGGGAGUUCCAACAAUGCGUUCUGGUCGAAGACUCCCAGAAGAUGGUCACGAUAUCUGAAAACCUGCAAGCCCUGCUCGAUCCCUCCUCGGGCCUCGACCCGGGCAUGUUCGCGACCUACAGGUUCACGUUCGACCGCGUGUUCGACCAGGACACGACGCAGCAGGUCGUGUACGAGAUGGCUGCGCGGCCGGCCGUCCACUCGACGCUCCAGGGCUACAACGCGGCCGUGAUCGCCUACGGCCAGACGGGCACUGGGAAGACCUACACCAUGGAGGGCUCCUGGGACAAGGGGCCCAGCCGAGGCAUCAUCCCGCGCUCCAUCGAAGAAAUCUUCACCUGCAUCCAGAACGACAUCGCGACCGAAGCAGGUCGGAACAAGUACCUGGUGCGUGCGUCGUACCUCCAGAUCUACAACGAAGUCAUCUCCGACCUCCUGAAGCCGGAACGCACCAACCUGACCAUCCGCGAGGACCGCAAGAGGGGCGUGUACGUCGACAAGCUGUCCGAGUGGGUGGUGCGGACGCCGGACGAGGUGUACGGCUUGAUGGAGCGCGGGUCGACGAUGCGUGCCACGGGCGCCACCAAGCUCAACGAGCUGUCGUCGCGGUCGCACGCCGUGCUCGUCAUCAUCGUCGAGAAGAGCUCCAUCGUCGACGAGGACGAGGCCGGCACCGCCACGAACGAGGAGGGCCACGUGCUGAAGUUCGCGGAGAAGCGCGUCCGCACGGGCGCCCCGAAGGAGGUGCACCAGUCGUUCAAGGUGGGCAAGCUCAACCUGGUGGACCUCGCGGGGAGCGAGCGCGUCGGACUCACAGGUGCGUCGGGGAAGCGGUUGGAGGAGUCGAAGAACAUCAACAAGUCGCUGUCGUCGCUGGGGAACGUGAUCGCGGCGCUGACGGACUCGAAGCCGCGCACGCACAUCCCGUACCGCGACUCGAAGCUCACGCGCAUCCUGGAGGACUCGCUGGGCGGCAACUGCAAGACGACCAUGUUCGCGACGGUCACGCCCGCGCUCGAGGCGUUCAGCGAGUCGCUCUCGACGCUCAAGUUCGCCAACCGCGCGAAGAACAUCAAGAACACGGCGCGCAUCAACGAGGACCUGGACCAGCGCGCGCUGCUGCGGAAGUACGAGCGGGAGCUCAAGCGGCUGCGCGGGGAGCUGGAGCAGCGCACCAAGGAGCUGGUGGACAAGCGGCAGCUGCUGGAGCUGGAGGAGGCGAAGAAGCUGGCGGAGCAGGACAAGCUGGCGGCGAUGCGGGAGCUGGAGGAGCAGGCGAAGCGCUUCAUGGAGGAGAAGACGGCCAAGGCCAUGCUGGAGGAGAAGAUCCGGAGCAUGCAGAGCCAGCUGCUGCUGGGCGGCGCGAAGCCCGGGGAGACGAACCCGGCGUUCAAGCAGCUGAUCGAGCGCGAGAAGAUGAAGAUCACGCGCGAGUACGAGGAGCGGCUCAAGGAGCUGGAGAAGAGCCUCAAGGAGAAGGAGUCGCAGGAGCAGCUCGAGGACUCGGCGCAGGUGGAGCGGUACAAGCAGCUGCUGCUCAAGCAGCGCGACAUCAUGAUCGCGCUCACCGCGCGGCUGAACGAGCGCGACGAGCAGAUCCUCACGCUCCAGGAGGAGCUCGAGGCCUACGACCGGUACCAGCGCAAGCUCGAGGACCGGCUCGACACGUACCGGAACCAGCUGUUCACGCUGCGGAAGGUGGUCGCGGAGGCGGCGACGAGCAACGCGGCGGGCUCGGACACGCAGAACACGCAGCUGAUGGAGGCGGUCGAGGGGUCGUACAAGGUGCAGCCCAAGGGGGCCAAGGGGGGCAAGGGCGGGGCGCUCAUGGUGGGCGAGGAGGGCGACGACGAGGGCAUCGCGUCCGAGGGCACCGCGGGGAACGGCGCGGCGCUCGCGGAGGUGCGCGUCGACGAGAAGGUGCGCGUGCUGGCCGAGCAGCUCGAGGAGAGCCGCAUGGAGGCCAAGGUCGCCAGCCGGCAGCUCGGACAGGUCCAGGGGCAGGUCGACUCGUACACGAAGGAGCGCGAGGCGCUCAAGACCAUCCUCGACCAGCGCAUGCGGCCCCUCAUGGACGACAUCGCCACCUCCCUCCAAGAGGUGCCCGGCGCCACCAGCCACGAACGCCUCCCCAAACAGGUCAAGGCGCUCAACCGGCUGCUGCAGCUCACCGUGGACGCGAUGCAAAGCACCGGGCAGUGGCCGCCGCUCCUGCGUGCGUCGCUGGAUGUAGGCAGGCGUCCCCGCGGCUGCAAGCCGCGGCGCGCCGCACGGCGCGCUGCGCCGCGCGCCCGGCGCGUGGUGGCGCGCGCGGAGGACGACGUCGAGAUGACGUGGGACCGCAUCUCCGUGGAGGAGCUGGCGAGCUGGGACGAGGAGAUGGGUCCGCCGACGCCGCUGCUGGACACGGUGAACUACCCGAUCCACCUGAAGAACCUCUCGAUCGACCAGCUGCGGCAGCUGACCAAGGAGAUCCGCGCCGACCUGAUCCACACGGUGUCGAAGACGGGCGGGCACCUCGGGUCGUCGCUGGGCGUGGCGGAGCUGACGGUGGCGCUGCACCACGUGUUCAACUCGCCCGAGGACCGCAUCAUCUUCGACGUGGGCCACCAGGCGUACGUGCACAAGAUGCUCACGGGGCGGCGGUCGGGGAUGUCGACGAUCCGGCAGUCGGGCGGGCUGUCGGGCUUCACGAAGCGCUCGGAGUCGGAGCACGACCCGUUCGGCGCGGGGCACUCGUCGACGUCGAUCAGCGCGGCGGUGGGCAUGGCGGCGGGGCGCGACUUCAAGGGGAAGAAGAACAGCGUGAUCGCGGUGAUCGGGGACGGCGCGAUCACGGGCGGGAUGGCGUACGAGGCCAUGAACCACGCGGGCUUCAUGGACAAGAACAUGAUCGUCAUCCUGAACGACAACCAGCAGGUGUCGCUGCCUACGCAGUACAACGGCGGCAACCAGCGGCCCGUGGGGGCGCUCUCGGGGACGCUCUCGCGGCUGCAGUCCAACAAGCAGCUCCGCGAGCUCCGCGAGGUGGCCAAGGGCAUGUCGAAGCAGCUCCCCACCCCGCUCCAGAACGCCACCGCCAAGAUCGACGAGUACGCGCGCGGGAUGAUCCAGGGGCAGGCCGGGACGCUCUUCGAGGAGCUCGGGCUGUACUACAUCGGGCCCAUCGACGGCCACAGCCUCGAGGACCUCAUCGCCGUCCUGCAAGAGGUCAAGUCAACGGAGGCGGUGGGUCCCGUGCUGAUCCACAUCGUGACGGAGAAGGGCCGCGGGUACAUCCCCGCGGAGAGCGCGUCGGACAAGAUGCACGGCGUGGUCAAGUACGACCUGGUCACGGGGCAGCAGUACAAGCCGAAGACGAAGACCAAGUCGUACACGCAGUACUUUGCCGAGGGCCUCAUCGCGGAGGGGCGGCGGGACUCGCGCGUGGUGGGCAUCCACGCGGCGAUGGGCGGCGGGACGGGCAUGAACAUCUGGGAGAAGGUCUUCCCGGACCGCACGUUCGACGUCGGCAUCGCGGAGCAGCACGCGGUGACGUUCGCCGCGGGCCUGGCCACCGAGGGCAUGGUGCCCACGUGCGCCAUCUACUCGACCUUCCUCCAGCGCGGGUUCGACCAGGUCGUGCACGACGUCGCGCUGCAGAAGCUCCCCGUCCGGUUCGCCAUGGACCGCGCGGGCCUCGUCGGCGCGGACGGCGCCACGCACUGCGGCGCCUUUGACAUCACCUACAUGGCCUGCCUGCCGCACAUGAUCGUCAUGGCGCCGUCGAACGAGGCCGAGCUGCUCCACAUGGUCGCCACGUCCAUCGCGAUCGACGACGCCCCCAGCUGCUACCGCUUCCCGCGCGGGAACGGCAUCGGCGUGGACCUCGAGGCCGAGGGCGUGGGGCCCGACAUGAAGGGCAAGCCGCUCGAGAUUGGGAAGGGCAGGGUGCUGCGCGGCGGCAAGGACGUGGCGCUGCUGGGGUACGGGAGCUCGGUGAACGAGUGCCUGAAGGCGUCGGAGAUCCUGGCGAAGAACAACGUGCAGGCGACGGUGGCGGACGCGCGCUUCUGCAAGCCGCUGGACACGGGGCUGGUGCGGCAGCUGGCCAAGGAGCACUCCGCCGUCAUCAUCGUCGAGGAGGGCUCCAUCGGCGGCUUCGGGUCCCACGUCCUGCAGUUCAUGGCGCUCGACGGCCUCUUGGACGGCGGCCUGAAGGUGCGUCCGAUGUGCCUGCCGGACCGGUGGAUUGACCACGGGGCGCACUCCGACCAGCUGGAGUGGGCGGGUCUCACGCCGGGGCACAUCGCGUCGACGGCCAUGUCGAUGCUGGGCAAGAAGGGGCUCGUUAUGAUGUAA